AUGCACGGAUCCUUCAAUGUGGUUAUGGGGCUUAGUGCGCUGCAGCGGGCCGAGCUCGCUCUUUCGGGCCGCUCAGGGGCGUGGAAUGCUCGCCUUGAUGGGUUUGAGGAAGUCCCGUUGGUUGCAGAGGACAUUCGGAUGUAUAUUCCCAAGAACAAAGCGCUUCUGAACUAUCAUAUUGGAAGUACGGUUUUAUGCACGAGCAAGAUCAGACACCCUGGACAUAGCCCACACUUAGAGGAAUUCCUCUACAUGAGAUCGAUUGUUGAGCCAGACAGGCUGGGUGAUGUCAAAAUCACCAUUCCUGCACCCCAUUGGUACCAUCUCCGGUACAAGCAUGGUCAUGCUUACCGAAGCGAGGUUUAUGCAUCCGAUGAGGAAUACUUCAAAGAUCUGGCAGCAGCCUAUCGAAAGGAGCUACAACUUCUGUACGAUGCAGGUCUGAGACGGGUUCAAAUAGACGAUCCUGACCUGUCAUACUUCUGCUCUAAGGAUGUCCUAGAAAACUGGGCUCUUGACGAGACAAAUACACAAUCCCCCACGGAGCUACUUGCAUCAUACAUCAAAUUGUACAACGACUGCCAUGAUGUGCCUCCUGACAUGCAUGUCGGAAUCCACAUUUGCCGGGGCAAUUUCACCGACAGCCGAUAUUGGUCGGCUGGCGGCUAUGACGCAAUAGCGAUUCAAUUGUUUCGGGAGCUCAACGUUAACACCUUCUAUUUGGAAUUUGACACUUCACGAGCUGGCGGAUUUGAGCCUUUGCAAUUUUUGCCAGUGGGAAAAAAUGUGAUCCUAGGUGUCGUCUUGACGAAGUCGGCAGAAAUUGAAAACAUUGAGGAGCUGAAAGAGCGCGUCCUCAAGGCUGCCAGCUUUAUCGCAGAAGGAAAUGGUAUCGGCCUUGAAGAAAGUCUUCAGAUGGUAGGUGUCAGCCCCCAGUGUGGCUUCGCAAGCAACAGUCGAGAGGAUCGCUUUACAAAGGAGAACAUGUUGGACAAGUUAAAAUUGGUGAGAGAGUUGGCAACUGCUAUCUGGCCGGGAGAGGCGUGA